AUGGCGCAACUUGAGCCUUAUGCAGGGGAUUACUACCUCUGGGCAUAUCUACCAUCAGUCCCAGCAGCUGUUAUCUUCCUCCUGCUUUUUCUGGGUGCCACCAUCUACCACUUCUGGAAACUAUGGAAAAUGCGAGUUGGGUUCUGUCUCGCCUUCGCCAUUGGAGGCAUAUUCGAAGUUAUCGGAUACGGUGCACGGGCUGCUGCUUACAACAGAACUGGAGAAAUCAUGCCCUACUGCAUCCAGAAUGUGUUCAUUCUUCUUGGCCCGGUUCUCUUCGCCGCAUCAGUGUACAUGACCCUCGGCCGCAUCAUCCGCAGUGUCCGAGCCGAACAUCACUCGCUGAUCCGAGUCGGCUGGUUGACUAAAGUCUUUGUCCUGGGUGACGUGCUCUCCUUCGUGAUCCAAGGUAGCGCAGCAGGUCUGAUGGCGACAGGAUCAAACGCGAAGAUGGGGAAGAAUAUCGUGAUUGUCGGUCUGUUGGUCCAAGUUAUCAUGUUCGGGCUGUUUAUUGUAACUUCGAUCGUGUUUCAAAAACUCAGUGUGCUGAUCAUGGUUCGAUCUAUAUUUCGGGUGAUCGAAUAUGCCAUGGGCCAGGACGGGUACUUGUUGAGCCAUGAAUGGCCAAUGUAUGUCUUUGAUACAUUGCUGAUGUUCGCUGUCAUGGUGAUCUGGGGGGUAUGGUACCCGGGAAACCUCGACUUCCUGAUACAAAAGCCUGCCUCAGACACUAUGAGCCUGAGGAAGGAUUACGGUGUUCAUAGGCUGGCUAUCCACGAAGUUAGUGAACUUGGAACGAAGCACUUCUGCUUAGAAGUACACUUUACCUAUUUUAUUCUUGUAUAUAAUACUCCUCGGCCACCCCAUAGUCAGAUGGAUCAGAUUCCUGCUUCGACAGAAGCAUGGUUAAUAUACAUUGACGACUUUAAAACAAACUACAACAUUGGUAUUACGCAUGUGGGAUUACCAACAAGCGCCUAG